UGUUAUGUAGAAAUGAAAACAUUAAUAUCGCAGUCGUCUUGCUGAGGGCUGCAGAACAUAUUGGUAAUUCUGCACCCUCCACUCAGUGUGCGUUUAUCAGAAGCGCCACUCUGCAGCCUCUAAUGAGGAGCAGAAGACAACGCGUACACUUAGGUGGCGAUCGGAUGCAGUGUCCUGGACUUUGUGCGGGCCAUGUCGUGCUGGUUUGAAGAUAAAUUAAAGCUCAAGGUUAGCUAAAGUAUGAUCAGUAACCCUCUAACCUUGAGCUAUCACCACUGAGACUAUGAGGCAAGCAGUAACUGCCACUCUGUCUGUGUGGGGUGAGCGCCGUUUUGGAUACUCCACGCUCAAGGACUCUAGUGAGUCUCUGUUGAAUGAGCGUAAACUGAGGCCUGGUCUGAAAGAGGACUCUGUCAUUGAAGAGAAAGAACGGGCAGAGAAUGAGCAGGAACAGCUAGAGGCUGUUUUGGGUCUUUCACCGUCCCCUGUGGAUGACACACACACUGCAGGAGACCACCACAUUGGGAGCCCGGAGCACCCGGAUCCCACGCUAGAGUCAUGCCCAGACCGUAAGAGUGAUGGAAUGGAAGGGUCACUAGUGUCUGGCCCUAAGAACACUGACUCUGCUGGACGGAAGGGUUCUGUCAGGGCUUUGCCCAUGCAGCGUUGCAGUUCUCUGGGUACCACAGCCCCUCAAUGGGUCCCUGAUUCUCAGGCACCAGCAUGCAUGAAAUGUGGCUCCAAAUUCUCUUUCACCAGAAGACGUCAUCACUGCAGGGCAUGUGGGAAGGUUUUUUGUGUGGUGUGUUGUGACCAAAGGUUCAAAUUGACUCAUCUCGGUGGGAAAGAGGGGCGUGUCUGUCUCACCUGUCAUUCAACCUUGAUUAACCGGACGCUUCGCAAGGACCAAAAGAAAGUUUGGUUUGCCGAUAAUCUCCUUCCUCAGUCUGAAAGUAGAAGUGCCAACAGCACUCCCACUCACAGGAGUGUGUCCCACACACAGAGUGCUAAACUCGCUCAGGCGGAAGUAUCUGACCUAAGAGCAGGAGAUGAAGUCAGGGGUCCAAAGGACCUUCCCCCUAUUCUGACAUCAACAGGAGUCAAAGGAGACUACACUUUGGAGGAGAAGAGAACAGAGUCAUCACUCUUAGAAGAGCUGGAGAGAGGUCUUGCAGAGCCUUUGGUGUUUGUGCUCAACGCAAACUUGCUCGCCGUGGUGAAGAUUGUCAGCUAUGUGAACCGCCGGUGCUGGUGUGUUAUGUCAAAGGGAAUGCACGCUGUUGGGCAGCCAGAGGUGGUCAUUUUGCUGCAAUGUUUGCCUGAGGAGAAGAGAUUCCCGACGGAUAUUUUUAACCAUUUCAUACAGAUCUACUGGGAUGCCCAGACAGCAGGAAAGCUUCUGAGUCACUUAAGUCACUCAUUGGUAUCCCGUGGUUUUCUGGGUCAUAAUGAGCAUUCUGGCUUUCUUUACGUGCAUCCAACGUUCCAGUCCCUGGAGGGCCUGCCUUUACCUGCACCGCCAUUCCUGUUUGGGCUCCUCAUGCUCCGUGCAGAGACCCCAUGGGCCAAAGCCUUUCCUCUGAGACUCAUGCUACGUUUAGGAGCUGAGUAUAGAUUUUAUCCCUGUCCCUUGUUCAGUGUGCGCUUCAGAGAGCCUCUUUUCGGACCAGUCAACAACAGCAUCAUGAGGCUUUUAGUGGAUUUCCGUUUUUACCGUUACACACUGCCGUCAGUGCCAGGGCUGAUGGUUGAUCUAGAGGCUAGAAGCACCUGUAUAAGAAUCCCUAAAACACGUCACCCUGAGCUGCUGAAAGCUCUGAAUAAAUCUAAUGAAAGGGUGCUGGCUCUGGGCGCCUGUUUUAAUGAGCAGGCCGACUCUCAUCUUAUCUGCGUACAGACAGCAGAUGGACAAUACCAGACGCAGGCCAUCAGCAUCCACAGCCAGCCACGCAGGGUCACUGGCUCGUGUUUCUUUGUGUUCAGUGGAGCACUGAGACCUUUGUCUGGAUACUUGGCCAAGUCAAGCAUUGUGGAAGAUGGUUUGUUGGUGCAAGUAACCAUGGAGACCAUGGCUGAGUUAAGACUAUCUCUGCGGGACAUGAAAGACUUCACAGUCACCUGUGGAAAACUCCACCCAGCAGAGAGACAGGAAAAUGUGCACAUUCAGUGGCAAGACGAAGAGCCAUGCUUUAAUAAAGGCAUUAUCAGCCCAGUUGAUGGUAAAUCUAUGGAGUCUCUCACAAACAUCAAGACCCAUCAGCGAUUAGAAUACAAAGCCAACGGGAAGGUCAUACGCUGGACGGAGUUGUUUUACUUGCUGAAAGACCAGCAUCCAAAUGGUAUUAACCACACCAGCCAAAACCGCCUCACAGAACGUCUUGCACGCGCAUUCUGCCUGGCACUGUGCCAGUCUCUCUGUCUGCUUAAGGAGGAUGGUAUGACCAAACUGGCAUUGAGAGUGACCCUGGACGGGCAGAAGAUGGAGUUCUUGGCUGGCAGUAAUGGUCAGCGACUGCCAGCACCAUACCAGGACUGUCUUAACAAAUCACUAACAAGUGUGGUGCAGAGUAACUUUCAGUACCAGGGUCUUGCCACCUGCCAGCUUGAGCUCAUCUUCUAUAUUCUUGAGGAUACAUCAUAAAGACAGGCCACGGACCACCCACUGUCACAUGUGCCAAUACUCCCUGAAACCUAAUUACCAUAACCUGACUUCAUUUUUAUUUGAGAGCUUUAAGAAAUAUAGUAGACAAUACAAUGUGGCAACUUAUUUGAGUAAUGUUUAGUCAAUACUACUGCUCACUGUGAAAGGGUCUGGGGUCACAAAAGCAAAACUAUGAACAUCACUCAGUCAAACCAGUAGUUUAUUUAAAUAGUCUAGACAAAGGAGGUCUAUAAUACCUGGAGAAAGCAUCUCAAUGGCAAAUGUUCGGCUGGUGCAGGACCCCCGAAGUAUGCAAUUUGAAAUCUGCCAUCUUAGCUCACAUUCAGUUUUGCAUCCAGGCUUUUUUUUUUGAGCCAAUCACAUAAGCCACAAAUGCUUUGUAGGAAAAUGACAUUAUGACAACGCUUAUUGGCUGAUGGCACCACAAGAACUCCCAUAAUCCCAUGCUCUUCAAUAGUGACUAUCCUGAGCUGUGACAUCAAAGGCAUCUGACAGGGAAAGCUGUGCACUGGUAAAACAUUGACUAUAAAAUUAUGAAUAUUUUUAUUUAGUCAGAAUGCACUGCUACUCUUGAAUGCGCUUCAAAGGAGAAAGAUGCUUUUUGGGCUCAGAUGGUGUAGUUUCAGCAUCCACCAACAGGGGCUAACUAGGCCAUCCUCACAAGCCAAACCCUGAUCCCUCUAGACUUCCACAGACCUCAGCUUGGUCAGAGGAUCAAAAGAUUUAAAACUAAACUUUAAGGCCAAACAUCUCCUGAGCAUUACAAUAUAAGGACCAAAGUGCAACAGACAACAUGAUGCUUGAGGUAAUGACUUUCAUUAGCAUGAUCUGAUCUUGGAGUAGUUUGUUUUUUGCUCAAUCCACAAGUCAAGUAGAACUAUUUGUAGCCAUGGCGAUUCUCUGUUUUACUUCCUAAUAAAGGCGUGUGAAUGACUUCCUCUUGAGUCACAAUUUACAAAUCCCAUGUUCCACCCUAUUCUCCCAGUUUGCUGUGAGGAGUGGCCUGACCUCUGCCCUACAUGAAGCACACCUGCUGGGGAAAAAAGUGCUAGGAAUUCAGUCAAACAAAGGCAAUGCUUGGAUAAACAGGAGUGCAAAUUAUACACACACACAAACUCUUGUGCACUGUGAUCUUGAAGUCAUUUAUUUCUUAUACAACCUCACUGAACUUUGUUCUGGCCUUAUUUCCACUGUCACAUGCACAAAGCGUAGGAUGCUUUCUGGUCUCCCACUGUUGCUUUUUUUUUUUUUCAGGAAUAGAAUGGGUUUUUUGUUUACAUCCUACAUGCUGAGCAUACUUGAGAUGACAAAGAAUACAGAUUAUGCAGGAGAAAUGCAGCACACACACUGCAAGUGUUCUUAAUAAAAUACAUAGCUUGGAAGCUCCCUGGCUGCCCUCGAAAGACUGACGAACCCAAAAGAGAGUAAACACCCUACGUUAUUUCUGAAUUCUUGUAGAUGACUCAAUGUUAUAAAAGGUUAUUUUAAUGUGUCAACCAUUUGGAUUGAAGAUGCCAAAUAUGUCAGCUGGUGCUGUAGGUCAAAUUCCAUGGACUUUCAGGCUAGUCACACCACCAAAUGCUAAUCAAAAAUGCAAAAUGAAAUAACACAUGAAAAGUCUAUUCGCACUAAAAACAAAAUGAAUAUUAAGCAGGCUAAAUGAAAAACAAAUUCACUCUUGUACUGGAGCAUGUGCACACUUUUCAGCUUAGGGCUGUCAACUGAUGUUCCUUUAGCUGUUUUGUUUGCUUUAGUGCCAACAAUGCACUGAAUUGUGCAGCAGUAGCGGUUCAGGAAACAUGACCACAGGCUCAUAUUUCAUUGGCAAGUCAACUAAAACGUUCACAAACAAAUAUUCGGUCUUGGUGGGAACUGGCCUUUUCUUCAUGUUUUCUUCAAAAUUGAAAUAUAAUGUGCCGUAAAUAUUCAUGCAAGUCAUAAAGCAUCACUAACAGUACACAAAAUAAACAGAUACUGUAUCUGUAUUUUAAAAUUGUAUUUAUUUUUUGUAUUUCAUUCAACAUUUGAGUAACAAUAUUUUUUACCACAUCAAUCCCAUUAUUUAUAAGGUAAAAAUAUUUACAGAUGUAUUUCAAGUUUACUGAAGUUGACUGUACAGUGUCUGCUAAUGGGGGGUAUGAAAGACACAGGUGUGUGUCUGUGAAUGUAGUCUGCUUGGAUAAACUAUGACAUCAUGAGCAACAUCAGCUGAGAACGCCACCAGUUACUACACUUCCUCUUCUCUUCAUACAUUGUGCUCAAUAAUUAUUUUCACUUUUUCUUAUGACAAAAACAAUAUACAAACAGGGAUCAAACUCAUUCAUAUCCCUGUGUACUAAUUAAAUGUACAUAUUAAAUCAAAAAACAACAGAAAAGAAAAAUCUGUGAAAAUAAAAGU